UAAAAUUCGCAUUUUUUGACGUCCGAUCGUAAACGAAACUCGGUGUGGUGCAGUCGGUUUUGUUGAAUUUGCAAACUUUUUUCUACGACUAUUAACAAACUUUUUUCCAUUCGAAACCAUGGCCUUGCACUUUGCGAUCCGAUCAUCAUGCCGGAACUCCGCUCCGAUUUUCGUCUCGUUGCUUGGCGUUGGAAAAACAUCCCCGGCAGCCAUCAACCGAUCGUUGGUGUCCGCGUCUAAGGCUCUUCUGGCCGCCCCCAAAGCGCCCAGCAGCCUCGCCAACUCGCUGCGACAGUUCUCGGCCACACCGAUCCGACGAGCUGCGGCCACCGGAAACCACGUCACCCUGUGGAAUGCCGAACGGGCCCUUUCGGUGGCUCUGCUUGGAGUACUGCCCAUCGGAUUGAUGUUCCCCUCCCAGGCCGGCGAUGCUCUGAUUGCUGUUAGCAUUGUGAUGCAUUCUCACUGGGGUUUGGAAGCUAUUGUUACGGAUUACGUUCGACCAAUCCUAUUCGGAACCAUGGUUCCAAAGAUGGCCCACGGAAUGCUGCUCCUAGUGUCGGCUUGCACCCUCGGAGGAUUGUUCUAUUUCAUCCACAAUGAUAUCGGCAUUGCCAACACCGUACGAAAGAUCUGGUCCACCAAGUCGAAAGCUUAAAGAUACUUACCGGCAAAUCCAAACAACACUAGAAUGCGCAUAACAAUACUAUUGGAGAGGGUCAAAAAGGUACAUAUUUUCGGAUAACAAAAACACGAAGCCGAGUAAUCAAGAUCUAAGUGACUUCGUUCCCGGAAGUUGAUUUGCGUAACAAAGAAUAUUAUUUAUUUAAAAUAGAAAUUGUCAAACCGGUGCUUGAAGAAUAAAGUUUCGAGAGCUGAGGCUUCUCUCAUUAAUGCACUAA